CGGAGGGCGCUGGGGCCAGGGCCCGCGCUGGUGCGCUGAGGACGGAUGGAUCCCCGCGGGACCCUCCCCGACCUGCAGACCCCGGAUGGGGCGGUCCUGCCUUUCCCAGAAGCUGCCUUUGCGCAUUUGUCUCUGCGCUGCUCCCUUCCUCGGACGAGCCCCCGAGGGUCAUGGCCUGGCAUGUGUGGGACCAGUAGGAGUGACCCUCUAGAGAAACCCUCAUCUUGGGCCUCUCUGGAGCCCCCAAAGUUGGGGGGUAUGGUGACAGCGUGGGGAAAGAGGAAGUGGGGAGGGGUCUCCACCCCACCCCCCCUCGCGUGAGCAGUGCGCUCCUGUGUCGGGCGUCCCAGGACCGACAGGCACGGAAACGUCUCCCCCCGCCCCCCCCCCACCCCCGGCGGAGGCGGCGGCUUGUCCAGGUCCGAAGUGAAUCAGGUGUAGGCUGCAGGGCGGUGAGUGUGGGGGGUGCCCACGGGAGAUGCAGUCUGUCCCUGCAACAGGGCUGAGGAGAACAGACUCCUCCAGCUGGCGAGGCGGAGGUUCCGGCCACGGGCUGAGCCGGCCGCCAGGCGUGACUUCACAGGCUCCCGUCCUCCCCCUUCCUCCUCCUCAGCACAGCUGCAGGGCCUGGGGGGGGGGGAGGGGGGAGCACCCGCGACCUCAGCCCCCCGCCCUCCCCCACUCCCGGCACCGCAGCCCCCGCCAGGCACCGGAGGCCUCCAACAGCAGAGGCAUCAGGCCUGGUCUCUGCAGCCCUGCUCUUCGGGGCCCACAGCCUCGGGGUCCAUCACCCCGGAGCCCCACCUCCCGCCAUCCUUGGCUCUGGAACCCGGAUGCUCCAGCCUCUGGAUAUUGCCUCACUCUUCAUUGGAUCUUCCAGCCAAGGUCCCCACCCUUGCCCUUUCCUAGUCCCCCCCCCCCCGCCCCCAACCACUUCCUAAAGCCCCUCCCCUGCCUGCCUGCAAGUCACCUGACUGGGCUCCGGAGCCCAGCCCUACCCAGAUUCCUCACCCAGCUCUCCCAGCUCUGAAAUCGCUGGAGGACGUAGGGCUCCUCGACAGCUCAGGAGCAGUCUCAGGGCUGCAAACCCCCACCCGGUCCCGGCCACACGCUCCAGCCACCACUCCGGCACCCGGCUCAUAGAAACCCGCGCGCGCCUGUGCACACACGCACACGAUGCACACUCACGUGUGUGGCCCGCGCGCACGUGUUUAUGCAUAUGCGCGUGCACCUGUGUGCACCAUCACGCGUGUGUCUGCACACACAUGCAUGUGCACUCUCACACCAUUCGGUUGGCGUCGUGCCCCGCGCACCUUCCUCCCAGGCUCCUGCAGUGCCUCUUCCUGCCUCUGCCGUACCCACAGGGGCUCAUCCUCCGGACCUGGGACUUGUUAGUUCCCCAAGGCUCUUUCCAGAGUAGCACCCCAGCCCCCCUGUCAGGACGGUGGUACCUGCCUGCUCCCAAGAAGUGGCACCUGAUGCUCCGGUCCAUUUUUUACAGUCAAGAUUAAAGUGAAACAAAACCAAUCCCCUGUUACUGUCUGAAAUUGGUGAAUGAUUGGCGGGGAGGGGGAGAUCCCCACCCAGGAGGCUCAGCUUCACUGGGAAAGGGACUUUCCUUAGAAGGAACCAAGGCGUCUUGUAUCAGCUCUUAACGAUUUGGGAAGGGAAGCUGAAGAGCUCUUUACUGUAACUCGAACAGCUAAAUUAUUCAUCAGGAACAGCAGGCAGAGAUUGGACGGUGACCUGAGAGACAGGAGGCCCGGCCCAGUCCGUGACCCAGGCAUGGGACCGUCUCCCCCUGCUCCUGAGGGGCCAGGCUGAGUUAGAGGAGUCUGGGGAGAGAGUAGCACUGGGGGUCCCACAGAGUGGGAAGAGCGUCAUCCCAGCUGGGAGAUGGGGGUGGGGGGACACUGUAGCCAUAUAGGGAGCUGCAGUGAGAGGUGUCCCUGGUCCCUCAGGGACUUGUCCUGAUGCAGGGGUCUCCCUUGCUCUGGCUAGGUGGACCCCAGACCACAGCAGGCUGGCACUGUCCUGAGACACCAGGUUUCAAGGUGCCUGGCUCCCCUAUGCAGACUCCCUUCUGCAGCCUACAACUGUCCGUGCUGACCACAGGUGCUUGGGAUGGGAAGGAGCAUGGCCAGAGUCCUAUCCAAAGUUCAGGCCUGGCCUCCUGCUCCCCCGGAGGCUCAGGAUGGGGAGGAAGGGAACAGGUGGACAUCAGAGCUCGUCCCUCAAAUGCAAAACACAGCCCGGCUCUGUGCCCCUUCACCUCUGCUCUCUCUGCUCUGGGCACGGGGAGGGCCGGCUCUCCUGCUCUGCCUGGUCAGCCCCCAGGCCCUGCGCUCUGACCCAGGGGGAGGCUGGGACAGAGGGCUCAGAAGUCUCAAGCAUUGUCCUUCCUUCUAGCUCUGCCUGUCCCCGAGGAGGGAGUGACCAGAGGAGCAGUGGGAGGUGGGGAUGGGCCCAGGGCCCAGUUGCGGUUGUUGGGCAACGUCUCCCACGCAGGAGUCUCCUUUCCCCACAAGGAAGCCUUCUGGGGGAGAGGUGAGGCUUUCUCUGCUUGUGUUCCUCCCGCCCGCAGCGCCUGGCCCUGGUGGGUGCUCCGUCGGUAUGAAUGAACGCAGACGAUGGAUGGAUGGACGGGUAGACGGAUGGAUGGGUGGACCCGGGGGGAAGGGAAUGGGAGGUCCAUGAGUGUGCCUGAGGACUGAACCCUUCCAAGUGAGGGGUCUGGGGGGGACAAGUCCGGAGGGGACAAGGGGAAAAGUGAGAGAAGAAGUAAAACCGAAAGGGGGUGUAUAGUGGUGGAGAACCCACUGAGAUGGGGGGUGAGAAAUCUGUGCUCCUGCUUGGUGCUUUGGAGGGAGGCCCAGGAUGGGGGGAGGAGGGAGGCCCAGGAGGAGGAGGGAGGCCCAGGAGGGGGAAGAGGGGGGAGGAGGAGGAUCUAGCCUUUUGGAAAGUGGAGCCCUGGGGGCAGCACGUGCUGACUCACCCUCCUGCCUUCAAUUUUCCCUGUUUCCUGGGGAUUCUCAUUUUAUUUUCGGGAAAGCUGCCUGCUCCGUGACUAAUUUGUUCUUAAACAAACCAAACCCAGGCAGUGGGGAGGCCAGGCGGGGCCUGAGUCACUCUCCGCCCAGGGGGACCACACCUCAGCUGUGGGCCUGGCGGCCCUCCAGCUCUCCGGAGCCCCUCCGCCCUGGGCUGAUGGUGGCUCUGUGGCUCCUCAGGGAAGCAGCGCUCCCAGAGGGGGGCCCCCUGGGCUGUGAGGGAUCCCCAGCUGCUGAGUGAGCUCCUUGACGGUCCACUGCCUAAAACAGUUCCUGGCCUGGGGCCAGGGCUCAGUUAACAUUUGUUGACUGACUGACUGAUGACUCUGCUCCCUCCCUUUUCUCUCCCACCCACCCUCCUGGAAGCCUUCCCUUCCCAGGUCCUUCAGUUUGGUGACACACACUUUACUAGCAGUUACCUUCCCCAGACCACAUCCUAAGCCAGACACAGUGAUAAAUGCGAUCUCUCUGAAUCUAUAUGAUGGUCACCCUGUCUGCCCCUGGGAGGGGGGAGUGCUAUUAACCACUUUGCCAUUAGGGUCGCUCAGGGGUGUCCAUCUGGUAGCACAGCCAGGCCAGGAAGCAGCCUGCAAACAAGGCACUCCGCCAGGCAGGGGGGAGAUUGCUAGCCCCUCAGUUUUACAGAAGAGGAACCCGAGGCUCAGAGAGGCCCAAUGUCCAUAAGUAGCAGAUGCCUCAUUUGAACCCAGACCUCGGAGCACCCUCCAGUACCCUAGCUUGCCAUCUGUUACCCUGCACCACAGGCUAUGAAGUGGGAACCGGCCGGAGGGGCAAGAAGACAGGGACGAGAAUGGGAGGCGGGGGUGGGGGUUGGGGGGGGUGGGAAGGGCGCCGGUGUUUUCUCUAGCUCCGGGCCCAGUCCACAUGCCCCCAUUAAACCCAGGUCUCCCAAGUGGGACUUGGGCAAGACAAGCCAUGCGCAAAUGGAAGAAACGUAUUUCUGUAGUUCAUCUCAUCCUUUUAAAAUUUCAACCUUUGUGGGUACGUAAUAUCCACACCUAAUAAUAAAAUGAUCUUUAUAAAUAAAUAGAUCGACAUGCUCUGGAACAUGGGAGAACAGUGCCCCCCGCCCCAAUCGGCUGCACCCAGGGAUUUUCGCAGAGCAGUUCCCAGUAAACCCUUCUGUGUCCGAAGUGAAGGCGCGCCAAGCCCGGUGUCGCGGUGGGAGGCGGCGGGGAGCGGCUUCCUCGCGGGUCAGGACGCAGACCCCCCUAUACCCCGCCCGCCCCGGGCCCCUGCACCCCCACCUCCGCCCACCCCACCCCCGGGCAGGACCGGACGUGGCUGCGGCCGGGCUCCCGCCCCCGCCCGGCGCGGCGCGUCACCUUCCCCUGGGUGGCCACCCGGCGAGGGCCCGGGAAGGGGGGCGGCUCCGCGUGGCCGCCGCCGGCCUCCCGCGCCACGGCUUCCCCGCGGGUCCCCCCGGAGGCCCCGAGCUCCCCGCGCCGCGCCCAGGGGCGGGUGGCCAACCCCGCGCCGCCCUCGUCCGCCAGGCGGCCCGCGGCGUCCCCGGCCUCUCCCGGCCCGAGCGCGUUUCCUGGAAGCCGGAGCCGAGCCGGCCCGAGUUCCCGACAGCCGGCCGGGCGCGGAGAACUGCGGCCGGGCCGCCGCCGCGGCUGCGUCCGCACCAGCGAUCAAUGCGCCCCGGCUCCCCUCCGGCUCCCCCCACCCCCGCCCCCGGCUCCCCCCCCGCCCCCGGCUCCCCUCCGGCUCCACCCCCGCCCCCGGCUCCCCCCCCCGCCCCCGACUCCCCUCCGGCUCCCCCCACCCCCGCCCCCGGCUCCCCUCCGGCUCCCCCCCCCCCGCCCCCGGCUCCCCUCCGGCCAGCGCAGCGUCAGCGCUUGCAGGGCACCGCGCCUGCCCCGCCGUGCACAGGGUCCUGGGCUCCUGUCGGGAUGGCUCCCUGCCUCCCUCGCGGGGGGGUGGGGGGUGGGGGGCGGGGGGCGGGUAACGGCUCUCUUGACCCGCUUGCCGGUCUGCAAAUGAGAGCGACAGUCACCCCACCCCCACCCCAGGGCCGUGGGGAGCAGGGACCAGGGCCCAACCUGCACACCCCCGGACGCCGGCGCUUAACUGCCACGCGGAGGACCCUCGGUCUCCUGCCGGGCCCACUGACCCGAGGUUGGACCAGCCAGCAACUCCCCACUAAACUAGCACCUUCUCUGCCUGCCCCGCCUCUGCUUUUUAAAAAGGGGUUCAGUGGCUAGUUCCUCGGAAAGAACUAAAAGUAGCCGCAGCAGGGACUUUCUCAAGCCCAGGGUGGCCCCACCAUGUGCGUCUCCAGUGCGGGGGCUGCGAGUGAGGGGGCGAGGGGAGGGGAGGCUCCUGGGCCUCUCAGCUCACCAGCCACCCCCUCCUGAUUUGGGAGGCUAGUGGGGAGAGAGAGGGAAGGAGGGAGAGGACAAAGACCAGGUGGGAGACAGGGAGACUGAGCCUUUGGGAAGGUGCAGGGAUAGCACCCCCCAUGUGGGGGAGGUCUGAUGGGGGAACAGGUAGGGAGGGCUGGGGAUCCAGCCCCUUCCUGGGAGCCUAAAGCAAGAAGAGACCAGGGGGGCCUCUUGGUCUCACUAGGUGGCCUGUGUCAGCCCUCAGCUUCUGCCUUUUCCAGGGAUGCUCGGAAGAGGAGUUCUAAUGGGGGGGCCUGGUGCCAGAGUCAGAACAGGAAUCUUAAGGGGGUUGCAAGCCCUCUGCAGUGUUUCCUCCCCUCUCGUCCCCCUCGGGGGCCCUCUGUUCACCUGGGAUAGGGAAAAGAGGCCCAGCUCUGGAAGAAACCGGGGUCUGAGCAUCCCCCCACCAACUCCCUCCCCCACAGCUGCCUCAGACUCACUGGUACAGGGUCCGGCUUCCGGGGGGGGGGGGGGGAUGGCAAAAUGGAGGGGUAACUCCAGGGGGCCACCCAGGCAGAAUCAGAGGUGGGGACUGGGGAGUUUGUGGGAGUUUGGGAUGGGAUGGUAAGUGUUGCUUGUGGACCUUGAAUUCACUGCAAGGUGUCUGGAAAGGGCAGGUAGAGGAUUUGAGUCCCUUGGUGUUGCUGGUGACUGGGCAGUGUUCAUUUGAAGGGGACCCAGGUCUCAGGCCAGGCAUGAGGUCUUAGCUUUCUGAGGGGCCGUCCUGCUCCAAGGUCCAAGGAGGAUGACCUUCCUGCCCAAGUCUUCAUGGCCCUCUGGCCCCACCUGGAGAGCGUCCAUUUGUGCAUUCGGGCAUUCAUUCCGGCUUUUGCCCAGCCUUGCUGAAUGCCCCAGCAGGGUGGGUCUCCUGCUAACCCUGGAGAUACCGGUAAGGGGCUCGGGCUGAUAGAGGGGAACCCCUGUUAUAAGCGUGGACAGCCAUGACCGCGGCGGAGAGGCUCCCAAGUUGGACUUUGGCACCAGAAAUCAAUUCUUUUAGUUGAAGUGUGUAUUAAUUUUAGAUUCACAUGUAGUUGUAAGAAAUAAUAUGAAAAGAUUUCAUAUACACUUUGCUCAGCUUCCCCCAAUGGUAACAUUUUUCAGGACUGUAGGACAAUAUCACAGCCCGCAUUUUGGCUUUCACGUAGUCUGCACGUCUUAUUCAGAGGCUUACUUGUAUCCAUUUGGUUUAUAGAAUUCUCUCACCUGUGUUGCUCCCCAGCAUUGCCCUUUGUAAUCCGUCAUAUCCCUGCCAGCAUCCUGUGGCCCCCAGGCCCCAGCAGAAGCCAGUUUUGAGCAACAGGUAGGAGGUGCUUGCUUCCAUAUCCCCUCCUCCCAGCCCUGGUGGCCUGUUUUUUUUUUUUUUUAAGAUUUUAUUUAUUUAUUUGAGAGAGAGAGAGAGAGAGCACAUGAGAGGGGGGAGGGUCAGAGGGAGAAGCAGACUCCCUGCUGAGCAGGGAGCCUGAUGCGGGACUUGACCCCCGGACUCCAAGAUCAUGAUCUGAGCCGAAGGCAGUAGCUUAACCAACUGAGCCACCCAGGCAUCCUGGCGGCCUGUUUGUUAGUGCCUCAACCUCCCCUCAAGAGCAGGGGCUGUGUCUCCCGCAUCUCCCAGCCCAGGCUUGGCAUACUUCCUGUUCUGACAGCAUGUGUUUGCCAGAGGUGGGGGCCAUAUGUAAAUCAGUCACUGGGAGGACAGACUCCCCCAGAAUAGUGUGUAUAGUGUGCUUUGUUUAUGGGGUUUGUUGGGGGGGGAAGGAAGGAAGAAAGUGUGUGUUUGCGGUGUGUGGGCACAUGCUUGGGUAUACACAAAAUAUACAUGGAAGGAUACAUUUGAAAACAAACUUUAGCCUUGGUUGCUUCUGUGAUGGGGCAGCAGGUGGCUGGGGAUGGGGUGCAUUCCUUCCCCGUGUCUGCUCUAAUGAAUUAGUGGCUUCCAACAAUACAAACUUAAUAUCUUAUAGCGCCGGAGACCAGAAGUCUCAAAUGGAUCCACAGAACUGUGUUCCUUCUAAGAGUUCUACAAGAAAAUCUGUUUCCUUGCCUUUUUUCCAGCUUCUAGAGGCUGCCCAUAUUCCUUGGCUUGUGGCCCCUUUGUUGUGCACUGACUGUUUGGAUCCCCCCACCCCAUUCAUAUGUUGAAGCCUUAACCCCCAAUGCCAAGGUGUCUAGAGGUGGGGCCUUUGGGAAGUGGUUAGGGUUAGAUGAGGUCUUAGGGGGCCUAAGAGGGGAUUAGUGCCCUUAUAAGAAAAGGUGCAUUAUUAUUAUUAUUAUUAGUGCCCUUAUAAGAAGAAUGGCCCGAGAGCUUGCUCUCUCUCCCCCCGGUGAAGACACAGUGAGAAGGUGGCCGUCUGCAAGGAAGGCAGAGGGCUCUCACCCAAAAUCUCAUUGACUGGACCUGACCUUGGACUUCCCACCUCCAGAACGGUGAGAAAUAAAUGUCUGCUGUGGAAGGCCCCCAUCCGUGGUAUUUAUGAUGGCAGCCGAGCUGCCUGAGACCCCCUCCCUCCAUCUGCAGAGCCCCGAGACAGCACCUUCUCACGCCUCUCUGGCCUCAGGCAUCCCUCUUAUAAGCACCCUCCUGGUCACAUUCAGGGCCCACCUGGAUGAUCCAGGAUACUCUCCCAUCUCGGGGUCCUUCAUUACAUCUGCAGAGUCCCUUUUGUCCAAAGAAAAUGACAUAGUCAUAGGUCUGGGGAUUGGGGUAUGGACAUCUUUGGGGGCCCCAAGCCAACACUUUCUCAGUCAACACUUGUCACAUCUGAAUUUUGAAACCUAUGACUAUUACCUAUUCAAAAACACAAUGCCGGUCAAACAAAGGGGAGCUGAGAGGGGUCCAGAGGUGCCCAGGACAGUGUGUGUGUGUGUGUGUGUGUGUGUAAGCUGGGAUUGAUCCCUCCCUGGGCCUCUGUCUCUCCUCUGAGGGAAUGAGACAGCAUGGACGGAUCCAGGCCUGCGGGACUACGAGCAGCCCAUUGGAACCCUCGGAGCCUCAGCCUUCGCCCUGUUCGAGGGGAUGGCGGUAUUUCCUUUCCUCCUGGCGCUGCCUCAACAUUAAAGCACUGAACACACCCACAAUGCACGCCAAGCAGUAACUCGUGGUGGUGGAAAAAUCGUGAUAAAGCCACCUGUUGGCUUUGUGUCCCUAAGUUGUCCCCUCUGCUGUCCCCAGCACAGAGACGGAGCAGUCCCUCCCCGCCAUGUCCCACUUGUCUGCAAAGCCUCUGUGCCCUCGGUGCCCUUGGGGUGCUUGCUCCCUGUGGGCAGCUGCGGGGCAGGAGGCCUGGGAGUCAGCACCCCCCCCCCCCGACGGCAUCCCAGACACACCUGGAUCUCACUUCGGCUCCAUGUCAUGCAGGUGGCACAGGAGGCCCCAGGACUGACAGCACGACCCUGGAGUCCGGUGACAGUGGCUUGGAACCCAGACUGGCCGCCCCUUGCCUUGCCUACCAGCAGCACCCCUUUCCCUUCCUUCAGUAAGAGCAACCGGUUUCCAUUCCUUGGCCAUUCUUGGUCUUUGUGGCUCAUUGAUGGGACUGAUGUCCCCCAGCGCCCUGGAGGCGGGGCACGACCCAGAACAGUCCAAUCAGGACAGGGUCCCGGCACUGCACGGGGACAAGACGGGCGCAGGCUGAGGCUGACCUAGAUCUACUGCCACCACCUCUGUCACCACUAGGGAGAGCGUGCCGGGCGGGGGAACCCAGCAGGGGAAGCAGAAGGCAGGGAUGGACAGAGACCUAUUCCAGGUGACGCUGCUGGUGAAUCUGGAGCCACCUGUGCCCGAGGCCUCAUCCUCCUCCUGUGUGUUUUCAUCAUGUGAGCCAACUCCCUUCCGAAGGCCUCGGCCGGUCCGCAUGGGCCUUGCAGAGUCCUGACCAGCAGCUACUAGCUGAGCCACUGGCCACUGGCCACACGUGCUCUGUGCCCGAGAAGAGACGGUCAAUUCUACCUGCUCGUGCGAUUGCGGUGACACUAAGUAAGAUAAAGAACCAAAGGACCUAAUUAGAUACAUGGUAAGCUACAAAGUAACAACUCCGUAGCAGGUGGGUUAGAGUCCUGUUAAUCUCAAGAAUAUGAUGAGUCAAAUGAGACUGCUCCAUCUUACCAGGAAAAAAACCCUAAGAAACCAGCCUUAGCUGGACUGAGAUCAGAACACCCAUGUCACGGGGAAGAGACCCUCUCCCUCUCCAGAGCCAGGACUGCAGGGGACACAUGCUAAAGGGACCCCAAUGUGUCAUACCCCCUAUAAUUGCCUCCUCACGAGUGUGGGCAGAAGCUGGGACUAGGGUCUAAGGAACAGAACCCGGCAAAGGGGACAGGAUGUCCCUCCAUAGUUAUAUCUAAGACUGCCUCUCAGCAGAAUGGAACGAGAAGGUCCCCCUGCUGAAGGGAGGGGGCAGCCGUGUUGAGGGAGCCCAUGGGGUCAGGAGCUGUGGCCUCUAGAACUUGAAGAUGGCCUCUGGCCUCCAGCCAGCAAAACCCCCAGGCCCUCAGUCACACAGCUACAAGGCAAGGAGUUCUGCCCAUAACUGGAAAGAGCUUGGAAACGGAUCUUCUUCAGGGGAGGCUUCAGAUGAGGACCCAGCCCAGCCACCACUUUGAUGGCAACCCUGUGAGAUCUUUUUUUUUUUUUUUUAAGAUUUUAUUUAUUUAUUCAUUAGAGACAGAGAGAGAGAGGCAGAGGGAGAAGCAGGCUCCCAAGGAGCAGGGAGCCCGAUGCGGGACUCGAUCCCAGGACCCUGAGAUCAUGACCUGAGCCAAAGGCAGACGCCUAACCAUCUGAGCCACCCAGGCGCCCAACCCUGUGAGAUCUUAAGCAGAGGACCCUGCUGAACAGCCCUCAGACCUCUGACCUAAGGCAACCGCCCGAUAUUAGAUAUAUGUGUUGUGUAAGCCUCUAGAUGUGUGAUCAUUUGUUCACAGCGUAGAAAACAAGCAUAGCAUCCCACUGAUGUCUGAGGUGUCAGAGAGAAGAGGCACCAGAAGGGACAAAAGGCCAGGACCCCCUUCUCACUGGGUUGGGGUACAAUUUCCCAGGGCCUGCUGGUUAUUUUGGCUGGAUUACAACUCACCUCUCCCUUGGUUCAGAGCAACCAUCGCUCAGUAUUGCUCAGUUUCUGUGGGUCGGAACUUGGGAGUGGUUCGGCUGGGCCUUCUGGCCUGAGGCUUCUCAUGGGGCUGCAGUCCUCUGAAGGCUGGAUGGGGCUGAGGACCCACUUCCAAGGUGGUCCAUACACAUGGCUGUUGGUUGGAGGCCUCUGUUCUUCUCCCCAUGAGCUUCCCCAUGGGGUAGUUGGAGUAUCCUCAUGGAAUGGGGGACUGGCUUCCCCCAGAGCAAGUGGGCCAAAAGACCAAGAUGGAAGAAGCCACACAGAUCAGCUUGGUUCAGUGUGGGAGCAACUGAAUACCAGGAGACAGGUUCCCUGGGGCCAUCUUGGAGACGGGCCACCACACAAGGAUGGCAGAGGGGACAGAGGCUGGUGGGGGCUUGGAGAGGGCUAUGGAGGGAAGAGUGGGACACUUGUAAAGCUAGGGAAUUCUCUGAACAUACCCCAAGGCUCUCAGGUGUGAGGCUACCCCCGGCUCCUGCCUCAUGUGGCUCAGGGAAUGAGCUGGGAGAAGAAAAUCACAGGUCCCAGUCUUGCUUCUCCAAACUGGGCCCUGGACCCCAGGGGAAGUGGGGCCCUGCAGAAAGGGGCCAGGGAAAGGAGGGGUAUCCCAUCUGGGCCGUUUGUCCCUGCUGCAGGCCCCAGCUGCUUGCUCUCCUCUCUGAGCUUCUGUCUUGGUGCAGGUGAGGCUUACUUGCUCCCUCAGGUGAGAGCUGGGGGACCGAGGACGGGGGUGAAACGGGGUUAAUACAGUACUGUGUGUGGCUGUCAGCCAGGCCCCAUGCAGCAUUCCCCCACUGAAACCUUGAAGGACUCUCACGUGGGGUGCUGUCCACCCACAUUAUCCAGAUAAGGAAACUGAAGCUUGGAGGUCCCGGAGCAAGUGGAAUAGAAACGGGGGAAGAAACCUCCCUGAUACUUCAGGGGGUCUGAUCAAGGCUCCUGCACCCAGGGCCUCCCUCCCUGGGCUGAGCAGGGAGCUAGAGGAGGGAAGAAGGAAGGAGGGGGAACUUUGGGGAGGUCAGUGCCUGGCAGGGGGUGCGGGGCUGGGGCCUGGGGGGCUGAGCCUGGAAGAGGGCUGGAAACCCUGCUCCAAGCCAUCUGAGACCCUGGCUCUGACCGCCAAUGGCCGGCUCGCUGGCUGCCAACCCUCCCCACAGUGACCUGGGGAGUUCAGGCUCACAUCCCUGGCGGCACAGGCUUCCCGGAACCAUGCUGCUGUCUCUUUGGGGGCUAGCCCAACCUGGCUGCAGUGGGGAGGCCCCCACGUUGGGCGGAGAUGAGUGGCAGGCACCCCUGCAGCGGGCUGGGCGCUCAGAUCUCCUCUGCCCCAUGCCCUGGGCUCCGGGUCCCGGAAGAGGUCCCUGUGUUUCAAGGGGAGGGUCUGGUGGGAGUGCCGAGGCCAGAUUGGAGCGGUCAAGAGAGCUUGUGGACCUGGAAUUCCAGGCAGGAAGAACAAGAUCCCCUCUGGGUCGGGGAGAUCAGGUAGACUGUGCGGGAAGCGCAGGUGGGGAGGAGUUGCAGAAGUGAGAAAAACCUGAGGCACUCCCUGCGAAGCCAGGAAGGGCUGGUCCUGCCCCUCCUACAAGCUCACUGCCCCGCUGGGUCCCACCUGCGUGUCCUCACCACGGCCCCCCCCACGAGGGGGCCUAUCCCUACUUGCCGCUUACCAGCAGGGAGAGGUAGAGCCGCUUGUCCAUGUCACUCCCCACACUCAGUGACUGCAGAUCCCAAAUCCAAUAUGUGGGCUGCCAUCUGGGAGGACAGUACACCCCUCUGGGCACCCCCAUGCCCUGCACACCUGCCUACAUAUCCUGGAAUACUUGGGCAAACUCAGGUCUAUGAUCCCUGGUCUCGGUGCUACUCUCGCACGCACGCACAUGCACACAGGGAUCCCCUCACCCGGGUCACCUGAGCUCCCAGAACUGCACAGGGAAAGGUGACCUUUGCUCCCAAGGAGCACGGCUACCUUCCUAGCGUCCUGCCCACCCCACCCCCUGCUGCCCAUCUCAACCGCUGUCCCAGACAACAGCUCAAGGGAUCCAAAACAUAGGCACAACAGCACCCAGGCUCAAGGCAGGCUGGGGCUGGGACCUCCGCAGAGCUCGCCUGCAAAUAGGAGGCCAAAGAAUGCAGUGGGCAGCUUGGCAGAGAGACAGACAGAGCCACCGGGCUUCCAGUAACACGCUGGCCCUGCCCUGACCUCGCCCACCGGCUCAGACACUCAGCCAAUAGAUGUCCAGUCCCGGGCCCCAGCCCCCGGCAGCACCCAGCCCAACCCAGCUGCUGCAAGGCCCUCCUGGUCACCACCCCUUGCCCCCGGCGACAACAGGCCUGGAACUGGAUCCCUGUCCUCUCAGGGUUCCAGCCUUGCCGGGAAGGGGGUAUCUUUAUCUUCCCUUCCUGGAAGCCCACUGGCUCCAGUCCCACCGUGGCCCAGCAGCAUCGCUUCCACACCCGGCCACCUCCCCCCUCAGCACUGAUUCCCUAGAAGAGGGGCAGCCACUCCAGGGAGGCUGGCUUGGCCAUUCGGUGCCCUGCCGGGGUUAGGGUCCCAUGUCCAGCUUGGACCUAACACUGCCCACACAGUCCUCCUUGCUCCCCUCCUGAACCCUGCUUGCCUCGGGGUAUUGGCCAAAAGACACCCCACCCCCCGUUGAAUUAGAGGACCUGAAAUAGAGUCGAUGCGUCCCCUUGUCAGAGGAGGAGACCGAGGUCCAGGGGGAAGGUGGAAGUGGCCUAGGGGUCCCGGAGCGAGUUGCAAACAGGGCAGUACAGGACCCGGGGCUGUUCCUGACACUCUAGAGUAUUUUCCUGGCACCAGGGGUGAAUCAGGAAAUGACCCGUGUGGGGACUCCUUAAUCGCUUGACCUCCUGGGUGCAGGGAUGGGCAAAGUAGGUGUGUGGCUCUGAGAAAGUGAGUCCAGAGAACUGAGGGGAGCAGGACUGCUGAAAGCAGCCAGACAGGAAGGGCUUGAGUCCUCCCUCAGAGGGGGAGAACCCACCUGCAGGGCCUCUCCCAGGAAGAAGGCUGGGGGCAGGACAUGUGAUAAGGAGCUGAGUCAGCAACAGGGAAGGAGAGGACUGACUGGAUCUCAUGCUGCAGGGUGGCCCUGGGGCCUCAGGAACUGGGUGAGGGCUCAGUGAGCCCCUCACCCAGGAAUGAAAACAGUCAGGUCAGGCCUGACAUCAUUUCCUGGCCAAGAAGACACUUGGCACGGACUGUUCAACCAAGACUGGGAUGGCGGGCAGUGGGCGGGGGAGAGACGGAGGAAGUCUGCUGUCUGCCCCCCAGGGGCUCGUAGCUUGGGCGUGGGGGGGGAGGGUGGAGUGGGCAGGCAAGAAGAGGAACAGUGAGCACCCAGUUAGCUGAGAUGCAGUCAGAGUGCAAGAAAUGUCAGAAAGAAGGAGUAAAGGAAACCGAGUGUGCAGAGGUGAGCAUGUUUGCAGCCUGUUGAGGAAAAGCCCAGGAAACUUUCCCACCCUGGGGAAGGGGUGGUAGGGACGCAGCCUGACAGGGUGAGUGCAGCGUCAGCAGUCAUGGGGGUCCCGGGGUCAGGGGGUACAGUGCUUGGAACCACACAAAGGCAAGAGGUGAAAAACGAUGGGAGGUGUGAACUUCUCAGGCCUGUGAUUUUAGCUGCAAGUAACAAAACAGAGUCUUAAACCAUAAAGAUACCCGUUGUUUAUAUAACAAAAAGUCCAAAGGUUAGGGGUUCCAGAGCCAGUUGGAAGCUCAAGGAUAUCGGCAAGAGCCCAAGUUCUCUCUGUCCUUCCAUGACACCAGUUUAGGUUUACUAAUCAUCCUGCUGCCCAGAACUUUUCCAAUUUUAGUGCUGAAUGUCCUGCAUCACGGGAAAUCAAAUCCAGACUUGUGGUCACCCUGGUAUUGGAGAUGGUGCUCCUCAUGGGCACAAAAGAGCUGCCGUAGCUCCAAGCAUCACACCCUCACAGGACAGGGCACUGAGUAAGAGGAAAUAGGGUGGAAGCAAAACAGAUUUCUCUUUGAACGUCUCAGAAGCCCUCAGAGACCCUCCCCUCACACUUCAUGGGCAAGCUUGGGUUGCAUGGUCGCCCUAGAUCAGUCGCCGGCAAAAGAGUAGGGGGUUGGUAUGACUUGUUUAGACCCAUCACUAUCCAUCCCCUGGGGAACCCAGGGGCACAGGAAAGCACAGGAUUUCUCUGGAUUAGAGCUGAGAGCACAGGGCUUCAGGGAGGCCUGGAUGGUAGGAAGUGGGGUCAUGAGGGGCCUGGAAGAGGAGGAGGGUGGUAGCAGAAGAAACAGGGGGCAUCUGAGCUGGAGGCCAGUGAGGCUGGAGCCCAGGGAGGGGGGUGGGAAGAGGGGCAGAGGCUCAAUCCCUCUAGGGCCUGGGAGGCCCUGGAGAGGAGCUUGGUUUAUUUCCCCCAAGGAACCUGCAGACGCUGGAGCCCCAUAACGGGAGAGUAACUAAGCACAUGGUCAAGUUUGUGUUUCAGGAAGCCUGUUCCUGCUGCCGUUGGGCCAAGACCCCAGGGAGUGGAGGACAGAGCCCCAGGUGGAAGGUCUUUGUCCUGCAGGGGAGAGGCAGAGGGGUGAGGAGGGCCUGGCUUCUGGAUCUGCUCUGAAGGGAAAGCAGGCUUUGCUGCUGGACCGGUCGAUUGUGGGGUGCAAGAAGAAGAGAGGGCAGGGCAGAGGCACUGCUUGGGGCUUGGGUAACUAGCGGCCUUGUUUACCAGUUGCUGAGCCGGGAAGAGUAUGAGAGGAGGGUGAGGGGGUGUGAGUAGAUCCAGGCAUCAGCCUGGCUGGAUGCAGACAGAUGGACGGACACAAGGAUGGUGUGUGACUAGUUUCACCAUCACAUCUGGGCCAGCCACCUGGGCUCACACCCAGUAGAGUGAAGCAGGUUGUUGGGGGGGGCGGGUAAAAAAUCUUUUAAAUUGAAGGGCACCUGGGUGGCUCAGUCGGUUAAGCAUCUGACUCUUGGUUUCUGCUCGGGUCAUAAUCUCGGGUCGUGGGAUUGAGCCCUGCUUUGGGCUCUAUGCUCAGAGGGAAGUCGGCUUGGGAGUGUCUCUCUCCUUCUGCUCCUCCCCCCGUUCAUGCUCUCUCUCUCAGAUAAAUAAGUAAAUCUUUUAAAAAAUUCUUUUAGGGGUGCUGGGUGGCUCAGUUGUUUGGCAUCUGCCUUCGGCUCAGGUCAUGAUCCCGGGGUCCUGGGAUCGAGCCCCGCAUCGGGGUCCCUGCUCGGCAGGAAGCCUGCUUCUCCCUCUCCCACUCCCCCUGCUUGUGUUCCCUCUCUUGCUGUGUCUCUCUCUGUCAAAUAAAUAAAUAAAAUCUUAAAAAAAAAAAAAAAAAGCUGAGGUGACCGGCUGCCCAUCCCCAGGACACUUUGCUCUUGUGAUGAGAUGUGGGGGUGACUCCGGGGAUGGCCUAUGGUUCCCACUCCUGGACUGAUAACCAGCCACACAGUCUGAUCCAUCAGCCCCACCGGCCAUAGCAAAGCUCAGGGCCGGGGGCCAGAGGGCACCACCUGCUCCGGGACCGAGGGGAGCCACCAGCUCUGCUGGGCUUCCCGGAUAGACCCGGCUCCUCCCCGGCUCCCCCACACCUGAGCAGCUCAAUCUGGCUACACAAAAUACCGAACUUGUUGGCUGGGCUUUCCUGCCAUAGAUCUGGGGGUCUGCAGAACAACAUUCUCCCCUCACCCCCCCAAGUCCUGCUCCCUUCCUGGGUCAGCUCACAGCCCCCCCCCCCUUCACCAGCAGCCACCUUUCUGCUCUCCUCACACCUCCCUGCUCUCUUCAUUCACAGCGUGGAACAAAACCCAAAACCCAAAUCCAUCUCCCGCUGAGCCACCCCGGGGCAAGGAGCACCACAGGCCCCUCCUCAGCCUGCCCUGCAUUAGUCCCUUCUCCCCCACCUCCCCCACAGACAUGCCAGCCAUCUCCCCCCUCAGACACCCUCCUCCGAUCGCCCUCAGCUCACGCAGGCAAAGGGCCACCGCCCCAUCUGCGCUCCUGUCUGUGUCUUCGUCUCGUGGGGGGCGGUUCUCAGCUGCUCACCCUUCCCCACAGACUCAGCCACACUCUCCCCCACACGGAGCAAUUCUCGGGGACACCAGCUGGGUGUCUCACAAUUUAAGUCAGUUCUGAUACCAUCUACCUGGACACCGAUCCCACAGGUCAAGGGCUCCGUCCCACGAGACCACCUCACAACUUCAGCUGCAGGUAGGGCGUCCCCAGGUAACCCACAGCUUCUGUCUGACUUGACACAAAUCAGAGGUUCCCAUGAUGCCCUCCUCCUUGGAUUUGAGCGUUUGCUAGAGCAGUUCAUAGAACCCACGGAAACAUCUACAUUUACCAGUUUAUUAUAUAAUGAAGGAUAUGCCAAAGACUAGAGAUGAACAACCAGCUGUGGGGACGCGGAGGGCGAGGUCCGGGAGGGUCCUGAGCACAAGAACUUCUGUCCCCAUGAGGUUGGGGAGCUUCACCUUCCUGGCACGCGGAUGUGUUCACCCACCCAGAGGCUCUCCAAACCCUACACUUUUGGGAUUUUAUGGAGGCUUCCUCACGUAGGCACGAUCGAUCAUUAAUCCAAUUCCAGCCCCUCUCCUCUCCUAGGAGGAUGGGGGCUGGGGCUGAAUAUUCCAAGCCUCCACCAUGACUAGGUCUUUCUGGUGGCCAGUCCCCAUCUCGGAGCCCAGCCAGAGUCGCCUCUUUAGGACAAAAGACACUCCUAUCACCUAGGAAAUUCCAAGGGAUUUAGUACCCCCCGCCCCCCCACCCCCAUCAGGAACUCCGGGGGUCAAAGACCAAAUACUAAAAUACUAGAACAAAAGAAGUUCCUAGUGCUCUUAUCACUUAGGAAAUUGCAAGGGUUUUUGGAGCUUGGUGCCUGGAGCUGAGGGCAGAGACCAACAUGCAUCUUUUUCUGCCUCUUCACCUGGGCUCUCCUCACCAUUUCAAACUCCAGGACAGCAAAGAUAGACGCGAGAAGCCGCAUGCUCUUUGUGAACAGUCGCAAAGUAUGGUGGACGGGCAAGCGGGUCCAUGCUGCGGGACUCUCCUGGGUUUCUUACAAGCUGUUUCUCAGCCCAGGGACGGCUCCUCUCCCAGCGUCCUGGGGGACUCUGCUCCCCUCUUUCUGCUUCAUGCCCCUGCCUGCCUCCUGGACCACCGCUGAUGGUCACUCACUGAUCCCCAGAAGGCCUCCAUCCCUGGGGGCACCCUGAGGACCGCCAACGCCCUCCCUGGAAUCAUCAUUACCUGUGUUUGCCUCGCCCCUGCGAGGUGGCCCUGAGGGCCGGGUGAGGGUCAAGCAGGACAAGCUAGAGUGGAUCUGAAGGCCCUCUGGAAGAGGGGUUCUGGAGAGAUGCAAAAGGCGGUGGCCCCCAGCCAGGAUUCUGAGCUGGUGUCCUUGAGCUGGGACAGCAGAGCAUUCCGAGGGUCGGGACUCAGUGCAUGCUGGGUUUGGGAAAAACCGACCCAAGACCAAGGGCAGAAAGGUCAGAGAAGUAAAAUGGUAGACGUCGGGCCAGUAUUAGUACUCUCCCAAGGCAGAAUGUUCCAGAAAUCAAGUAGGCUGCCUCACCCAGCAGUGGGCCCCAUGGCUGGGCACUCUUCUCAGGAAUGUGGAGAGGGGUCCACCGGGGUGCUAAGGAUUAGACUUCAAGUAAACAAGAACUGAGCUCAAGCCUGCUUAAACAUCCGGGAGCAUUUGUUGAUUUGCUCAGGGUUCCAGAAAGUCUCAUCCCUCCAGAGGAGCAGCCAAAGACAGGCGCCCUGCUUCUGGGGACUGGCUGCAUCCUCAGCAGGCUCUCCGCACGGUUGCAAGAUGCCCUGGAGAGUCGUACAGCCAUGUCUCUCGGGAUCCCAAUCCAACAGAAGAGUGAGUCUCCUUCUAGCAACAGCAGAAGCCCAGGAUUUGCAUCUGUGGGGCCCACCCGGCCUGAGCUAUGUGUCCCAAAUUACUGUGACCCCGGGGUGGGGGGGGUGUCAAGAUCCAGGCUAGCCCUGCAACCACGGCUAGAGUUGGGUCAGUGGGGAAAGCGAAUGAUGUGGAGGAAAGCAGCAGGUGUCCGAGCUGAGGGGGUGAACCGGGUGAGCCCUAACGUUCUACGACUAUAGGACAUCCCCAGCAGCACUAUGUGUCCACAUCAUCAUAGGUGUCUGGUAACUGAUUUUGUGGGAGUAAAUGAAAGAAAGAGAAGAAGGGAAGCAGGAGGGAAGGAAGGAAGGAAGGAAG